CCGUCUCCCGCCGCUUGCCUCUGCCCUCCAUCUCCCUGCGCUCCCACCGCAGUUGCGCACCUUCGCCACUCUGGGCGUGCGCGCGGUCCAUCCCAUGUCGCGCAUCUCCUCUGCCUCGUCCCCGAGCACCAGCACGGGCACCAGCAGCACCCUCGUCUCGCCGCCGCGUGCCUCGCGCCUCGCCGCCAGCAGCAAGAGCACACGCGCGGCGGCAAAGGCAGUGACGGAGUCCUGCCCCGACAACUGCCGCGGCACGCUCUGUGCCUGUGCGCUCGGCAGCCCCAGCGGCAGCGGCAGUGGCAGCGGCAGCUCCGGCGGCGAGGCAGCAGCGGCACGGCGCGGCAGCGCCAGCGCCAGCGCCAGCAGCGAAGAGCGUGCGCCGCGACGCAGAGUCAGGGCCGUCGUCACGCCGUUCGGCGUGGCGCGACACAGCAUGAACUCCUCUGCGCGGCCCGCUGCGCAAGCACGGCUCUUCGCGCGGGCCUCGUCUGGCCCGCGGCCCUUCAGCGGCGGCGCCCCCACCAGCGCAUCCGACUCGAGCGACUCCGACGCCGCGCCUCCUAGGCGCGCCAACGGCACACAUCCUCCGCCUUCCUCUUCGCCGCCGCUCUCCUCCUCUUCCUCGGGCGCACGCAGCGCGGGAGGCUCAAGGCGGUCCAUCGCAGAUGUCUUUGAACGCCUCAUGGCCGAUGAGGCGGCGCGGCGCACGCCUGCAAGGCCAGGGCAGCCCACCGCGCACGUCGUCACGCCUGCGCCGCAGCCUGGCGCGCACGUCGCCACGCCCGCGCCUGCGUCUGCGUUGCUGUAUGAGCCGCAACGAUCCGAGCAGCCAAGAACGGCGCGCAGAGACGAUGCGCAGCGCCUGCACAGUCUGGCGCGCAGCACGCCGCACGCGCAGUCGCAGACGCAGACGCCGCGGGCGCGCAUUGCGGGCGCCAGCGUCGGCGUGCAGGAGCAGGUGGAGGAGCAGACGCCGAAAGGCGCCGCGGACUAUGCGGCACGAUUGAAGGCGCUGAGGAGGGGCAGGAGCGAGAGUCCGCGCAGUGCGGAGGGAGCGACGCCCAAGGCGGAACCGCGCAGGGAGGACCUGAGGGCCUCGCGCGCAGAGAAGGAGAAUAGAUCACGAGACUCUCUCAUCGACGCCACGCACGAGGACUCGAUCAGUGCGGAGCUUGCGCCGCUGCAGGAGGCGUCGGAUGAUGAGAUUGCCACGAUGGCAGGUCCGCCGAGACAGUCCACUCCGCCCCUCACGCGCGCCUCUGCGACACUGAAGCAGGCUGCCCCGACGGCGACGUCGGCGCACGAAGCAGCGGACGAGAAUGAUCCAAGUCUGCACGCGACGCUGGAACAGCUCCUUCGCGUGCUCUCACAGCGUCCCGUCUCCGUGUCACCCUCGACGCAGCCGCUGCCCGAGCUGCAGCUGGACACUUCGGCCCUGCUGGCCACCACUGAGCGUCUUGCGCAGCUGCGGCGCGAUGAGACGGACGCGGAGCGCAGACGCGCCGAGACGAGGGAGAAGGAUGAAGAGGAGAGCAAGGCGCUCUCGACGACGAGAGCCAAGCUCGGAGCAUUGGCCGAGGCGGUUCGCACGACACGCGAGCACGUCGACAGCGGCGUCAUCGUGCCGCCUUCCUACGCCUUCUUCAUUCCUCCAUCGCGCAACUCUCGGCUGCGAACGGCGCUCUUCAUCCUCGGCCACUCGCUCUUCCUUCUCCUCGUGCUCUAUCUCGCAGAGGCAGGUGCCUCGCAUCGCUUCCACACGACGUACUACGACCCGUUCUACCCGCCUCUCUUUCCUCCAUCGCACGACUCCAACGUGCUCAGUGGCGCCGAGGCGCUCCUUGAGGCCUUGCCCGCUCGCUCGAAGCUUGGCGCCCUGGCGGCGGCGGCUCUGCAACCGCUGCUGCGGCUCCUGUCGAGGCCGCCGGAACAGCCGCCUAGCUUCAUCUCCUGA